AUGGCUCCUAAAUCUGGAAAGGCUAAAACCCAUAAAGCCAAAGGAGAUAAGAAGAAGAAAGAAGAGAAAGUUCUACCCACUGUAAUAGAGAUAACUGUAGAAACACCAGAUGACUCACAACUCACUCUUAAGGGAAUAUCAACGGACAAGAUCUUAGAUGUGAGGAAACUUUUGGCCGUUCACUUUGACACGUGUCACUUGACCAACUACUCACUGUCUCAUGAGGUUCGAGGAGCGAAUCUGAAAGAUUCCGUGGAUAUUAUCUCUCUCAAACCAUGCAACCUCACCAUUGUUGAAGAGGAGUACACGGAAGCGCAAUCUGUGGCUCACGUCCGGCGGCUCCUCGACAUAGUCGCCUGCACGACGUACUUCGGCGGCUCAUCGUCUUCAUCUUCCUCUUCUCACAAAGCAGGCUCUCGAACCGGGUCCAAGGAUCCGGGCCCGAAAGAAGCCGCUUCUCCUCGCUCCGAUCACGGUUCGCAGAAUGAAUCCCCCGAUUUCUGCCCGAAGCCCAAAUCCACCGACGCAAAGGCCGCUGUCUCGCCGAAGCACAAGCACGGAAGCCCGGAGGCUCUGGUUCCCGCCGUCGGACCUGACUCAGCGGCGAAAGGUGAGAGUACGGCGGCGAUGAUGUGCCCGCCGCCGAGGCUCGGACAGUUCUACGACUUCUUCUCGUUUUCCCACCUCACCCCACCCAUACAGUACAUUAGGAGAUCGACUCGGCCGUACGUCGAGGAUAAAACAGAUGAGGAUUUUUUUCAAAUUGAUGUAAGGAUUUGCAGUGGGAAGCCAACGACAAUCGUUGCCGCUCGGAAAGGCUUUUAUCCCGCCGGGAAACGCAUUCUCUUGAAUCACUCAUUAGCCGGCCUUUUGCAGCAAAUUAGCAGAGCUUUUGAUGCUGCAUACAACGCUCUUAUGAAAGCUUUUACCGAGCACAAUAAAUUCGGGAACCUCCCGUACGGCUUCCGGGCCAACACCUGGCUCGUCCCACCUGUCGUCUCUGAGAUCCCAUCUGCCUUCCCACCGCUUCCUGUCGAGGACAGAAGCUGGGGAGGGAGCGGAGGUGGACAGGGUUGGGACGGGAAGCAGGACAGCCGCCAGUGGGCCCGGGAGUUUGCCAUUUUGGCUGCAAUGCCGUGCAAAACUGCAGAGGAAAGGCAGAUACGCGACCGGAAAGCCUUUCUCCUCCACAGCCUCUUUGUGGACGUCUCGGUUUUCAGGGCAGUUGGCGCAAUAAAGCAUCUUGUGGAGGGUAGAAGUGAGCGGGGCCCACACAACUGCGACUCGUCCAUCUUGCACGAAGAGAGGGUUGGUGAUCUGCUUAUCAGCAUCGUGAGGGAUGAGGUGGACGCUAGUGGCAAGGCGGACUGGAAGUACGAUGGGGCCCGUGUCCUCGGUGUUUCGCUCGAGAAAAUUAUUGAGAGGAACCUGCUGAAGGGAGUAACUGCUGACGAGAGUGCGACUGUGCAUGAUACGGCUACUUUAGGUAUUGUGAUAGUCAGGCACUGUGGGCACACGGCUGUCGUGAAAGUGUCGGCAGAGGUUAAUUGGGAGGGUGAUUCUACUCCUCAGGACAUUGACAUUGAGGAGCAACUCGAGGGAGGAGCAAAUGCAUUAAACAUUAAUAGCUUGAGAAUGCUGUUGCACAAGUCAACCUCACACCAAUCAUCCAGCUCAGCUCAAAGAAUCCAAAGUGCUGAUGUGGAUGAAUCACGAUGUGCAAGGCCUUUGGUAAGGCAGGUUCUAACAGAAAGUUUACAAAGGCUGCAGGAAGAAGAAUGCAAGCCGACAAAGUCGAUUAGAUGGGAGCUUGGCGCCUGUUGGGUGCAACACCUUCAAAAUCAGGCUUCGGGAAAAGAUGAACCAAAGAAUAAAGAGGCAGCGAAAGUUGAGCCGGCCGUGAAGGGUCUAGGUAAGCAUGGACUCCUUAAUGAUUUAAAAAAGAAGUCAGAUGAUCAAAUUAGUAAAGCUGGAGCAAACAAGGAACUGCCUGCUGAUCAGAGUUCUGAUACUAAGAAGGAACUUGAAAAUGUCAAGGAAAAGGAAAUCAUGUGGAGGAAGUUGUUGUCUGAAGAAUCAUAUUUACGCCUUAAAGAAUCAGAAACUGGUUUUCACCUUAAGUCUCCUGAUGAGUUAAUUGAGAUGGCACACAAAUACUAUGAUGAUACCGCCCUUCCAAAACUGGUUGCUGAUUUUGGGUCUCUCGAACUUUCACCUGUUGAUGGAAGGACCCUGACAGAUUUCAUGCAUACCAGGGGAUUACAAAUGUGCUCCCUGGGCCGUGUGGUUGAACUUGCAGACAAGCUACCUCAUGUCCAGUCCCUCUGUAUUCACGAGAUGGUUGUUCGAGCUUAUAAGCAUAUCUUGCAAGCUGUUAUAGCUGCCGUUGAUGAUAUUUCCAACAUGGCCUUAUCAGUUGCAUCUUGCUUGAAUAUGUUACUUGGUAACCCACCUUUGGAAAAUGGUGAUUCAGAUGCAAUUAAUGUUGACAAACUGAAAUGGAAGUGGAUUGAGGAAUUCAUUUCCAAGAGGUUUGGCUGGCAAUGGAAGGAUGAAGCAUGUCGUGAUAUUAGAAAAUUUGCAGUUCUUCGCGGGCUUUGCCACAAGGUUGGACUUGAACUUGUUCCGAGGGAUUAUGAUAUGGAUUCUUCUUUCCCCUUCCAGAAAUCGGACAUAAUAAGCAUGGUGCCUGUUUAUAAGCACGUUGCUUGCUCAUCUGCAGAUGGACGUACGCUAUUGGAAUCAUCUAAGACCUCACUGGAUAAGGGCAAAUUGGAGGAUGCUGUUAACUAUGGAACUAAGGCACUCUCAAAGCUGGUUUCGGUCUGUGGUCCCUAUCAUCGAAUGACAGCAGGGGCUUAUAGUCUUCUGGCUGUGGUGCUCUACCAUACGGGAGAUUUUAAUCAGGCUACAAUCUACCAGCAAAAAGCUUUAGAUAUCAAUGAAAGAGAGCUUGGCCUUGAUCAUCCGGACACAAUGAAAAGCUAUGGGGAUUUAGCUGUCUUCUACUACAGACUCCAACAUACUGAGCUUGCUUUGAAGUAUGUCAACCGGGCACUGUAUCUCUUGCAUUUGACUUGCGGACCUUCUCAUCCAAAUACUGCCGCUACCUAUAUUAAUGUGGCUAUGAUGGAAGAAGGUUUGGGGAAUGUCCAUGUUGCUCUUAGGUAUCUGCAUGAGGCUCUCAAGUGUAACCAAAGACUUCUAGGAGCUGACCACAUACAAACUGCUGCUAGCUAUCAUGCUAUAGCAAUUGCUCUCUCGUUGAUGGAGGCAUAUUCCCUGAGCGUUCAACACGAACAGACCACUCUUCAGAUACUGAAGGCUAAACUAGGAUCAGACGAUCUGCGUACGCAGGAUGCGGCUGCAUGGCUUGAAUAUUUCGAGUCAAAAGCUCUCGAGCAGCAAGAAGCUGCGCGUAAUGGCACUCCAAAACCAGAUGCUUCCAUCUCUAGCAAAGGCCAUCUGAGUGUGUCGGAUCUGUUGGACUAUAUAACUCCCGAUGCCAUGAAAGCAAGAGACGCCCAAAAGAAGCAAGCUCGCUCCAAGCUUAAAGCAAAAACCGGUCCAAACUCGGAAACUGCGAUCGAUGAACAUCAGAAGGAAGAACUCGUAUCAGCAGAUGAGCCCAUAACGGAGAACUCGAGCGACAAAGAGAACAGAAUUGAAUUACAGAACAAACCGGAGCCUCAAUUUACUGACCCCACCAAAACUCCCGAUUCAAUUGCAACAGACAAAGCACCAUCUACUGAUCAAAAUGACAAUAUUUAUGAAGAUGAGAUGUUGUCCGAAGAAGGAUGGCAAGAAGCUUUCCCUAAAGGGCGCUCGCCAGCUGGACGCAAGAGGCCAAGUCUCGCGAAACUGAACACCAAUAAUCUGAACACCUCUCAUCCAUCUAAAUACCGAGGUAGAUCGACUAACUACAGUUCCCCAAGAACAAUCAUAAACGAGAGUGCUGCCUCAUCCGGAUCGAAAAAAUUUACGAAGAGUGCUAGCUUUAGCCCAAAGCCAAGCAGUCCUCCCGGGCCCGCUCAUAAUGGACGGGAUAAAGCUGCAAAUCCGAAGUCGGCACCUGCUACGCCAGCUUCUGCCGUUAGUUCUGUAAGUGUUCGGGCAGCUGGAAAACUUUUCUCUUACAAAGAGGUUGCUUUGGCCCCACCGGGCAGUAUCACGAUGGCAGUCUCAGAACAAUCAAACGAGGGUUAUACUGAAGAAAAUGCAUCAACCCUGAAGAAGUCGGAAGCAGUUGAGGAAAACAUAGAAAUCAAUGCAACUGGUAAAGAGGAAGCUCAACAAGAGACAACUAAUGUAGUUAUUACCGAAUUAGCUCAAUCGGCGGUUGAUGAAAGCACAGAUGGUGAGGAUUUCGGACACUCUAAUUCCUCCGAAAUUUCCAAGAACGAAAAAUCCAACGAAACUUCAACUGGCAUUCAGUCCCCAAUUAAUUCCUCGGCACUUAUGGAAGAUGCCUCGGGUGAUAAUACAAGUGAAAACUGUUUGCCCGUGACAAUCGAAGGAGAAAGUCAAGCAAGUACCGAGCCAACCAAGAAAUUAUCCGCCGCAGCACCCCCGUUUAAUCCGUCCACGGUCCCCGUUUUCGUGUCGGUUCCCCUCCCCGUCUACAACGAACACGGUGGGUUACUGCCGCCACCUGUCAACAUAGCCACUAUGCUACGAAUCAACCCAAGCCGCCGGCCACCCCACCAGUCUCCAGCCACAGCCCGGGUCCCAUAUGGCCCGCGCCUCUCAGCCGGGUAUGGCCGGACCGGUGGCCGGGCUCCUCCACGGGCCAGGCCCGAGCACAGCCCAAUGGGAAUAAUGAACCCGCAUGCCACCGAGUUCAUGCCAGGUCAGCCGUGGGUCCCGCUGGGCAGCUACCACCUAGUGGGCCCCAACAUCUACAUUGCGGCAGCCAACGGGAUUGACCAGACAUUAUUACCAAAUAGUUCAGCGGAGAUCGAAAACGGAGCUCCGGUGGAGUCUUGUGUCGGCUUUCCCGAUGAAGCUGGUCGUGAUAAUAUUGUGACGGAACUACAACCGGUGGAUGAGAUCGAGAAACAAGCUCAACCCGAUGAAGAAACUCUUCUUCCUGGUCAGUUGUCUGAAGACAACGGGAAAAAACCCGAAAAUUCUCCUGACAGCUAUGACACGAACACGACUGGUGAUGGGAAGGCGGGUAAGCGUUGCGGUGAUUACAGUGAUGGAGAGGCUGAAGCUCUUGAGGCAACAAAUUAA